AUGAGACCUAGUUGCAUGGACGCAUUUGGGCGUUGGAUUACUGGAUACAAUUGGAGCUAUGUAUUGGACGCACCUACUGCAGAUGCGAAAUGCCGUCUACUAUAUAGUGUCUUGCAAAAUGCCGUUGAUAUAUAUUUUCCAGCUAAAUCGAUCAAAGUGUGCCUAACAGACAAGCCUUGGGUCUCGAGUAGGCUCAAAGGCCUGGUUACCAAACGACAAAGGGCUCUACGGAUACAUGGAAAAGACUCUCCCAUUUUUAAACGAAUCCGUAACAGUGUUAAAGAACUAGUAAAGAACUGUAAGCAUAAUUAUUAUAGCGCGAAAGUCGCCUCGUUAAAGGACACUAACAUCUCACGGUGGUGGUGUGAGGUGAAAGCUAUUGGGGGAUUGUCUAGCACAUCUGAAUGGUGGCACCAACUAUUGAGUGAAGACACUCCCACCAUAGAGUCACUCUGUGAUCAGUUUAAUAAUCUCCUAUACAGCUUAACGUCACACUUUGCCCCACUCGAUAUCAGUAGUCUGGCGGAUGAAAACCUCUAUGUCCCCCCUGGGUUCCUUGUCACUGAUGAGAAGGCGUAUAAAGCUCUGCGCUCAAUCAAAUCAAACAAGUCCCCUGGCCCAGAUCAAGUGCCGUCGCGAGUUUGGAAAGAGUUUGCAUUUGAACUAGCUCCGAUUGUGAGUGAUUUGUACAACAGCUCUCUCAGAGAAGGGCGUGUUCCAGAGAUCUUGAAGACAUCCCUGGUCAUUCCUACACCCAAGGUCACCCCACCCAAGACAGUUGAGGAUGAUCUCAGACCAAUUACUCUUACGUCACCGUUGGCCAAAAUUCUAGAGGGCUUCACUCUCGAACACCUGAUGAAUCAAGUUGCAGAGAACCUGGACAUUAAGCAGUUUUCGAUGCCAGGCAGAUCAACAACACAUGCCUUAGUUUAUAUGCUCCAUAUUAUACUAGCUGCCUUAGACAAAGGCCUCAACGUGUAA